CCGGACAGUUCUCUAUAUCUAACCUUCCCAGCAUCACCGUCGGUUUCCUGCCGCGGCUGAUAUUUGUACUUUGAUAUUCUUGCAUUCCUUGAAUUAUCUUUCCCAUCACACCUAUCUCAGAAGCCUGGGUUUCGGAUAUUCAUUACUACUCGAUCUUUCCGUUGCGGAGCCCGUGCGACUAUCCCAUUACCUCGAGACUCGAUUACCGCUCUAUAAUACAGCAGGAUCAAUGGGCGUCUGUGCUUCUUGCCUUGGGCUAAAUCGCCGGGAAAGCCAUGAUGCCGAGUCCUCACGCCUUCUGGACGACGAUAUCUAUCAGUCCGGCUACGGCUAUGGAGCUCUUAAUCACGCGAAUCAGAUCAACAACCCCGACCCAGAGAACAUAAAGCGCGAACGAGAAGCCCUCGAGGCAAUCUGCCAGCGAACCUCAGAGUCCGUCAUCGACAUCUGGUCCCUCCAACCACAACCCCAUCUCCAACCACGCGCGACAUUACACGGCUCCGUGGCCUCAAAAGCAAGUUCGAGCAGCGACGUCCCCGUUAAAAUAAUCACAGCCGAUCCGUCGAAGUCACCGACAUCGUCCAAGUCUGACGCCGCACAUGAUGGCACCGCCUGCAAGCACUGGGGAGAGGUGGUCAUCAACCCGCGGAAAGGAAAGAAGGCCCGGCCAGGUCUGAACACAGAUGAGACGAACGGCCGAGAUGUCUUUGGUGUUUUGAAGGUGACGUGAAACCUGCGGAUGACGGGGAGGCGAUCGCACGUUGAUGCACUGCAUUCUUAUUCUUCGUACUACUGGGUCGCCGGCCGACGGUUGUUUUCUACUUUCUUCGCUUCGCGGACUUCGACUCUUUCCGUUCUCUGUCGGGUGUCUUCGGCCUGUCCUUCUUUUCUUUCAGUUCCCGUCGCUUGAUGACGUUUAAUACCCUCUUGCGCCUUUCAAUCCUCUCUUACUAUUACUGCACUUGUCAGGUAUACGUUUCCUUUGUGUUGCAUAUUCGUCAUGUUUGGGUAGAUUCCUUUUUCUUGACACUCCUCAUAUCAAGAGGCAGUAUCGUGUUAUUAGACAGUGACAUAGCUAAUGGGCAUGUCUGUGCGUGCACAACACUAUGAGCGG